UUUUCCAUUUACGGACGUGGCAUUGUGCACUAAAAUUGAAAGGCCACGUGGUGCCAGAUCUUCUCCUCCCUCCCCCUCUGCUUCCUUCCAUCGGCGCCACCCAGCUGCAACCUGUUCACCUUCCAUGGCUUUGGGAACACUACCAAUCCCCGGAUGUGGAGCAACAGCAUAUUCCAUUUUCUCCCUCUUUCUUUCAAUACUAUCACCUUGCACUCUAGCAGAACCAUUCCCUUGCUUAUCAAUUUUUUCAAUCAGUGGUAGAUUGAGAAGGGCUAAAAUGGGCGGAAGCGUGGCGGUGGUUUUCGACUUCGAUCGAACCAUAAUCGACCAUGACAGUGACAGAUGGAUCAUCACGGGGUUGGGUCUCACCCACCUAUUCAACCAACUUAGGCAAACCAUGCCUUGGACCUCUCUCAUGGAUAGGAUCAUGGAGGAGCUCCACUCGAACGGAAUCACUGUCGAUCACAUUGCAGAAUGCCUUAAAAGAACCCCCUUGCAUCCCAACAUUGUUUCAGCCAUCAAAUCUGCACACGCUCUUGGGUGCGACUUGAGGAUAAUCAGUGACGCAAAUAUGUUUUCCAUUCGGACCAUUCUGGAACACCAUGGUUUAUUAGGUUGCUUUUCACAGAUUAAUACAAAAGAUCUGGACUUGAAAAGACCACUAAACAGGGAUCUGGAGGGAGAAUCCUGA